AUGGAACGCUUACCGAGUGAAUUGCGAUACACUGUAUUUUCAAAUGCCUGCAAUCCAAAGGAAUGUCGACUUGUAUGCAAACGUUGGUAUGCAAUGAUCACCGAUGAUUUGAUUCAUCACUCUGUCAGGAUUAUGGAUGACACAAUAGACAUCGCGCCUUAUGAGAAAUGUCAAGACUUGGCGCACCAUGUUCGUGAUGUGUAUUACUUGCCAUCCUCCAUGGAAAAGGUUUUUGCACUUCCUGGUUUGUUUCCAAAUGUGCGGCAUCUCCAUUUAAGUCUUUACGGCACAGAUGUAAUACUCAGCGAAAUUGAGUAUCGCCACCAGAUUGAAUCACUUGCCAGCAUCCCAUACUGGACACCAUCAAUCGUAUCUAUAACCGAAAACAAUUACUCAACCCCACUUUUUACUUCAUUAUGGUUGGAAACAGCCGGAGCUGCAGGAGCAACGCUCGCCAACUUGACUGAAUUGCAUAUCAAAAUGUUGGAUUAUGACGAAUUCAGCAAGCACACUCUUCAUAUGCAAACGUACAUUGUCCGAAAACAUCAAUUUGUACACAGCCUGCGAUUAGCCAUUGCCCUGCGACACUUGACACUGGAAGAAAUGCAUGUGUUUUGGCAAGACCUUGAUGCAAUUCAUGAGAAUGUGCCCGGUUUACGAUCAUUAUCACUCAUCAAUACAACGCUUCGAUUGAAUGAGAAUGCAGUAUACCCAUAUUACAAUGUUCGUCAACAGAUGGAGUAUGUCAGCAACCUCCCCAGUAAGCAGGCAUCCGGUCUUCGACACCUCCACAUUGACUUGCAUUCAGGAACAGGCUUGAAUGGGCCCCAACCACAUGAACUUGUUAAAUUCUGGAUACAACAAGUAGCAUCAAAGUACAUGGAUUUGGUAUCUUUUACAUUGAAAUGCAAUAUAUCCAUGAGAUCAACAGAUUACAAGGAUGAACACGCUCUAAGCAUGCUUCCCAUGAUGGCCUCGUGUCAGCGUCUGUCAGCUUUCAAGAUCAUACUUUAUCCCAUUACAAAAGAGUUGAUUAAUGCCAUGGACGAAAACAAGAUCAAGUUGCAUACACUUGGUUUUGCAACAACAAACAAUGCUGACUUGAAGAAACAACUUGCCGUGUUAUCAGAGUCAAAUCAGUCCAGUCAGAUACAGCGCUUGAGCAUACAGAGCAACUAUGCCGGCGGUCAUUACGAAUAUACACAAAAGAGAGCAUUGAGAGAAGAGUUUCAACCAUUCGAUACCUCCUUAUUUCAGUCAUUAUCUGCAUUCUCGCAAUUGACAACCUUGGAGUUCAACUGUACCUUUGGUCGAUCCUGCGAACUGGCUCAUUUGCUCCAGAUUUUGACCUAUUGCAGAUCAUUACGGUCGCUGGCUCUCCGUCAUGUUUCAGUCUCGAAAGUAUUUGCACAGCAUUCAGUAACAACAAAAUUAUUUCCUCGAUUGGAAUACUUGACCAUCACAAAAUUAAACAUCAAAAGAGACUGCCAAACACUUGUAGAGACAAAUACGAUCUUGCGAAGCGUACUAGAAGGCUUGCAAGGCUCAUUGAGGAUGAUUUAUUUGGAAUUUGGAUCCAUUACAUUGGGUCAAAACAAAGUCGACCAUCCUCUUGCUGAUUAUAUUUAUUUGGAUCUUUCAAAAUCACGCCAAUUGAGAGAAUUAAGUGUCACUUACGCAUUGGGAUCAAAUAUCAUUACAACCGAGCGAGGAGAUCAGCGCGAGACCCACGAGUUUGAACGAAAUAAUCUUCAUUUCACCAAGAUUUCGUCUCCUACGUCUCACUACCAAACCAAGGUUAUUUUACCACAACAGGCAAUCAAAAUCAACGCCCUUUUAGUAUUGUAA